UUAGAAUAUAAUCUUUAAUUAGAAAACAUUGCAUCAGAUUAAAAUAUUUAAAGUAAAAAAGAAUUGAGGGCUGAAAAAAAUAAAAUUUAUGAUUUAAAAAAGAAAUAUACAAAAGGUUUAGAAUUGAUUGUUUAAAUAGAAUAAAAAACUAAAAAUCAACUAAUUUCUGAGAUAAUUUCAAGAAACAUUUUAAUAAUUCAUAAUGGAAUAGGAGAUCAAUAAGAUUAUAACUCAUUAAAAUAAUUAUUAAAUAAAUACUCUAAUAAAAACAAUCUCCAUAUAUUUCCAGGUUUCUCAUAUGCCCUAAUAGAAUUUGAAAAUUAAGAAUAGGCAAAUUUAUUAAUUUAAGAAAGCGAAAAGAUCGAAGACUUAAUAUUUCGAUAAAUUGAUUAUGUUAAAAAAAUCCGACCCACAUUUUUCGCAUUUACAAAUUUAACACUCAACUAAAUAAUUGCAAAUACAAAAACAAAAGAGGAAUAUUAAAACGCACUUGUAGAUACUAUAUAAUUACCUAUAGAAGGAUUUAAUUUAAUUUAAGAUUUCAUAAGCGAAGAGGAAGAAUUAGUUCUUAUUCAAAAUAUCGAUAAAUAAGAAUGGAUUAAAUUAGCUAAAAAAAAUAUUAACUAUAUGGAUACGAAUAUCUAUUUGGAAUCAAUACUAUUAAUAAAAAUAAUGUAAUUUAUAUAAAUAAUAUGAUAUAAUUUUUUUCAAAAAAAUAAAAUAGAAAAAAGUUGAUUUUCCAUAUUUCCUUACAUAGACUACAUAAAAAGUAAAUUCUUUAUUAGAAAAAGAAUCUCAAUAAAAUAACUUUGAUUCAUUAACAAUUUCAGAUUUUUAUCCUGGCGACACUCUUUUACCCUAGUUAGAUUAACAUAAUACAAUCGGAGAGAAAAUAGCUAUUUUAUCAUUAAAUUCAGGAAUAGUAAUAUCAUUUAGAAGUAAUCUUAGGAAUUUAGAAUUAGAAUUAUAUGUACCUCCACGUUCAUUAUUAAUUUUGUGCAAAGAAGCCCGUUUUACAUGUUAUUAAAGUAUAUCUAAUAGAAAGCUAGAUAAAGUAAAUAAUGAAAUAAUUUUCAGAAAAAGAAGAAUAACAUUAACUUUCCGUUCUUUAAAAAAUAAUCCUUGCAAAUGUGAAUUUCCAUUCAUUUGUGAUGACCAAGGUUUCGAUUCUGUAAACAUUAAGCAAAACAAUCCCCUUUCUGCAAAAGAUUAUCAUGCCAAAGAAGACUCUACAAAAAUAGUUUUACCAAAAAAUGAAGAACAGUUAAAAUUAAUUUAAAAUGUAUAAGGAUAAGCAAAUAAUAAGCAUACAGAUUUAGAAUAAAAAUAUGUCUAUGAAGUUUAUGAUAAAAUAGCACCUCAUUUUUCCCAUACAAGAUAUAAACCAUGGCCUAAAAUUGAAGAGUUUCUUAAAUCUUUACCUACUGGAUCACUUGUGGCUGAUAUUGGAUGCGGAAAUGGAAAAUAUUUAAAUGCAAAUAAUGGAGAUAUUUUUAUGAUAGGAACUGAUAGAAGCCAUAAUUUAAUAUAUAUUGCUAAAGAAAAAAAUUAAGAUGUGUAAGUUUUUAGUGCAGAUUCUUUAAAAUUACCUUUAGUUUCUGGAAAAUUUGAUAAUGCUAUUUCUAUUGCUGUUAUUCACCAUUUUUCUACUCCUAAAUUACGUGUUCAUGCAAUUAAAGAAAUAUUAAGAAUACUUAAAAUUGGAGGAGAAGUUAUUAUAUAUGUUUGGGCUUUUGAAUAAACAGAAAAAAGCUUUACUGAAUAAGAUGUUUUUGUUCCUUGGAAUUUAUAGAAUAAAUAUGAAAAUGAAAAAAUUAUUUCAGGGGAAGAAAAGCCUAAUACAGAUAUUUAGAUUAAUGAAGCCAAAUAAAGUGUUGUUUAUAAAAGAUAUUAUCAUGUUUUUAAAAAAGGAGAAAUUGAAUAACUUAUUAUAGAAAAUAUUAAAAAUUGUUAAAUUGUAGAUAAUUUCUAUGAUCAUGCGAAUUGGGUAGUAAGAUUAAAAAAAACAUAUUGA